CCGUCAUACACUAGAGACAAAGCGGAAAACUAAAGCCUCCAUUGCUGUUUUGCACGAUCCGUUUUGCACUUGUAAAAAUGCGGAAAAUAGCGCAUCCAUGGUAAUCAUUAUGGACUGAGAUGCCUGCAAAAUGAUUAGGAUGAAAGAUAAAAGAGAUGGUAGUUGAUGAGCAAAUAUUCUUCCCUCACUGUAGCCCGUCCUCAUGCUAAAAGCUUUAAAGCGAAGGUGCUUAAGAGCAAAGAUAAAAAUCAAAGGCAGCAACAACACAAGCAGUUCCGUUUGCCAAAUAACUGAGGUACAACACCAACAGAGGGUCUUUGAGGGAAUGAAUGAGGUUGUUGUAGACUCCACUAAGAAAAUAUCUAGAAAACAACAGGGGAAUAUUACUUCUACGUGUCCAGAAAAUACAUCUGAAGUCAACUUAGCUAGUCACCACUCUGACUCCAAAAUUCCAACAACCAUAAAUAUAUGUGAUAUCAGCACUCAAAACUCCAUGCAUCCAGAAAAAAAGGUAACAGAGAGUGAUGAGCCUGCUGCAGUGUUGUGCCAACAAGGGCAGAGAGAGAUCCCCAUAACAGACCAAAAUGCCAUGAAAGAUAUAUCUGGUUGUGUAGCUGGACUCAAGAUAUCAACACCUCAUCAAGUUGACAAGGUUGCUCUUGAUUCCCUGAAAGACAUUGACAAGCAUAUGGCUAAUCAGAAUGAAGAAGAAUUACUUCAAAGGGAGGUUGAAGGUCUCCGACUAGAUACCUGCCUUUCAGAAAAUGCUGAGAUCAUGGAGAAAUUGUACCUUAUGUUGGACAGAGAACAUCGUGUGAUUAAUAACUGGCGUCAUCUUGCAUAUUACUUUAAGAUCGAUGCGAACAUCUUAACAUCAUUUGAACUGUGUGCAGAGACAAGUCCCACUGUGGAUUUGUUUGAAACCCUAAACGUCUCACAUCCUGAUCUGACUGUGAAACAACUAAAAGACGCUCUAAGAAGGAUACACAGGAAUGACAUUAUUUGCUUGCUUGAAAAAUACUCUGAAAAUUGGAAUGUUUCUGAUCUGUGUCAUAAGGUUCCAGAAUUCAUUGAAAUUUUCAAAGCCCGGCUAGACAUCAGAUCUAACUCAAUUGGGGAUUGGAAAUCAUUCGCUAUGCAGCUUGGCUUAACAAAGAAACAUGUGGAUACAUUUGGAGAACCCAAGACAAGUCCAACUGAGAAUUUGUUCUUAUAUUUGAGUGGCAUCAAUGAUACAACUAGUAUCAGUCAGCUUAGGGACCACCUGAAAGAUAUGGAAAGGAAUGACGUAGUGAGGCAUCUAAAUAAUCUCAAUGGUGCCCAAUUAGUAAAAGAUGUCAUAACACCACAAUCAGAGAUACUACUGAAAUUGUCCAGCCUCCUGGACAAGGAGUCGCGAGCUGUGAAGAACUGGAAGAAUCUAUGCCACAGGCUCAAGAUCCCGAACUCAAAAUAUGAGAGCUUUGACGCCUCCAAAAAAAACGCCCACAGCCCAACCAAGCAGAUGUUGCGCUGGCUGAAAUGGAAGUAUCCUGGAAUAACGGUCGGGGAGCUAGCCGAUGGGUUGCAGCAUAUCCGUCGUAAUGACGUCCGGGGGGACCUUUUGAAAGCGGCAAAAGCAGUCCUAGAAAAACGCAGCCGACCGACAACCCCAACCGCAACUGAGACAGCCCCACUAGGAGCUUACAGUCACGGUUUAGGAAGACUUGACCCGAGAGAGCCGCACCAACUACCGGGUAACUGGGUGACAGGGCCUAAGACAAGACCCACCCGUGAAGAGAAGCUAAGGAUGAAGGCCUCGGACAUGCCGGUUGAUGUGUACAAAAGAGUAUGUCUUAUGCUAGACGUUAAGCAACCUUUCUGGGAUGACUAUCGCAUGCUUGGAGAGGCCAUGGGUAUUGAUAAAUGCGGGAUAAGAAUUCUAGAAGAGAAGCCUUCCAGCCAGACAGACGUUAUUCUGUAUCAAUACUCGAAAGGCAUGACGGUUAAGGAGCUUAUGGAAUUGCUACAAACUGAAAACUUAAAGAGGCGCGAUGUAGUGGAGGAGAUACUAUGCUGGGUGGAGUCGGAGAAUGUGUAGAGUGGUCACAGGAUGAUCCUCUAUGGGUAGAGUUUUAAGACAGUGGUACCUCUAUUAAGCGGCCACCCUUGAGACCGUGCCAAGUGAUGUAUACAGUGGUACCUCUAUUAAAGCGGC